AAGGUUAAGUAAGUUAAGCUCUCCCCCCGAAAGUUGCACUGCGAAAGCUUUUGUUUUGGAAAAUUGCACGAACUGCACGAAGUAUUCUCGGGCAGCCAGCAGAAUCAGACGAUCGAGAGUUUUAGAGCGUGCCCUGCUUUAAUUUAGUUUGAUCUUUACUUCAUGGUUUUACCCUGCCGGAGUUCGCAACGAUAAGAUGUUCCUGGGGCGCCGCUGAAUUUCGGAAAGUCCAUUCACCUUUGUCUGACAUCUUUGUCCCAGUAAUCAAAUGGAUUCCUGACGAUUCAUCCGAAACCUUUGAUGUUCCUUCAUUUUCAUCGGAGACAAAUCACUAUGACCAUAUUUUCUUCAUUGUGAAAGAUACCAUCAGACUAUUGCAAGCAUGCCAUCAAAGAAGUCUCAUUCGUUAUCUCCGGACUCGCCCCGAGCACAAACAGACUUUGACAACCACAAAUUCAGUGACGGCUGCUCCUCUCUCUCAUCCAGUAUAUCAUCAAAUGGAUUCGAUAUCUGUCGAAUUUGUCACUGCGAAGGAGAUGCAGAGGUGCCUCUCAUCACUCCGUGUUACUGUGCUGGAUCCCUACGAUUUGUUCAUCAAGCUUGUCUUCAACAGUGGAUCAAGUCCUCAAAUACUCGAAACUGUGAACUCUGCAAGUUUCAGUUCAUCAUGCACACUAAAACAAAACCAUUCACUGAGUGGGAGCAGUUGGACAUGUCUGGCCUAGAGCGGCGCAAACUUUUCUGUGCUGUCUUAUUCCAUGCGGUAGCAUUGACGUGUGUUGUGUGGUCCUCGUACGUCCUCAUCGAUCGAACAGUUGAAGAAGUUCGAAACGGUGUCCUUGAGUGGCCCCUCUGGACAAAGCUGAUUGUUGUCUCCAUUGGCAUCACAGGUGGUGUCAUUUUCAUGUACAUCCAGUGCAAAGCUUACAUCCAAAUAUGUCAGCGGUGGAAAGCCUACAAUAGGGUGAUCUACGUACAAGACGCUCCACCAAGGCUACCGACUGUACCAGCCUUAGGAGUCGUCCCUGUUUCUUCCAUCACUGCUGGAUCAUCGCGUUUGACGGAUGGAGGAAACAGUGAUCUUUUAACAAGGCCCUUGUUUGAUUGUCAAUGGAAACCGUACCAAGAUAAUUUUGAUUGCCCAACUCACCGCCACGGUGCUGCCGAAGGAGAAGCAACCAAUAUUGAUUUUAAAGGCGUCCGGAAUGUUCGGAUUUUCUUUGAUAAUGACAAUGGCAUCCAUCUGAGCAAAGGGGAUGAUUGCAUCAAUGUCAAUGUGAAUGACACUUAUGCAGCAACCAGCAGCAACAAUAAAUCCGUAAGCUUAGACACGAGCAAAGAGGGAGAACACGGUGGGCUAUCCUGGCGUAUUGAGAUCAACAAAACGGCCAAAAGCAACGCAGAAAACGCUCAAAAUACAAUUGAUAACUAUGACAGAGUACUCCCACCUGUGGAUGCCAAUGAUUCCAGGGAUGUCUCGAAAACUCAUAUCAUUUCCCCGGAAGCCAGUGCGGUUAGGAAUGGAACGGAAAGUUCAAGCGCAGGAGAGCUGCCUGUUCUAAAAUUACUGAUUAAAAUCGCAGACAUAGUCAUUCAGUUUGGGGGGCAAGCCGCUGGUGGCGCAUCUGCCAGUGACCCAGCGACCGGUGAAAAAGCGGUCAGCAGUGAUGCCAAAGCAACUGGCUGUGAUGGAAAGUCUGUCAACAUUCAAAUUGACAACCCUAGUGAAGCUACCGAUCCUUCUGACCAAACCCCUUUCAUCAUCGACCUGACAUCACAGUUAGAACAGCAGGUCAGUAAAGUGAGCAAAGGUAGCGGGAACGUAAAUCCGGUGAAAAUAAGGUUCGAUUUUGGUGCUGAAGCUAAUGGCUCCGGUGGGGAAAGCGACAGCGACUUGACCGUCAACAAAGCCUCUACCAAAUUGCUUCCUAGUUCUGAGCUCAAAAAGAGCAAGUUCCAAGAACCUUUUUCUAGUUAUGUAUCCUACCCGCCAAGUUUAGAAUCAGAUUUUAAAAAUGACUCUGACGGACAAAUCUCAUUGAAUGAGUCCAAUGAUUCGUGCACUCAGCUAUUGCUGAAGCAUUCUGAUGAUAAUGCGGUUUUGACCAAAGUUUGAUCAAUUUCUAGGUUAUGUGUUGACUUUUCGUCCAUCUUGUCAGUCAGCAUUGUAACUCCACGACUUUGCGUAUAUAUUUAAGUUCCUUCCCAGCAUAGAAAUGGUUAAAAAAAAUCAAGGAAUUUUGGGAGCAUAAUUGGUAAGUGAUCAGAGCAAAUGAAUGCUGUAUCAAUUUCAUGCACUUUUUAUGGUAAACUUUCCGUAAAUGAUGAGUCAGUAAGCAUAUAACUUAUUUGCAAGGAAUGCACUGCAAGUUGAAUGACACAAAUGUUUCUAUGUUGCCAAAAUACUUUCCCCUCUUCUUGAACUGUCCAAUGUUUUGUUUGGUUACUUCUUCCUUAUUUUUUAACUGUAAAAUGUUGUGCAUUAUCUUUCUCUUAAUCACAUAUUACAAGUUAGCUCCUCUCUCUUUUUUAAUUGUUUAUGUUAUAUCUCUACUUUUUUUUUCGUAGUUUUAAAAAUGGUGCUGGAAGCACUUGCAACUAUUGCAGUCAGAAAACUUGGUUUCAUUUUCUGGGAAACAAAUUCUAUUACUUUUUGUAUAAACACGGGAUGACAAUGACGGCAAAAAGUCAUUUCUUGAUUUUUUUUGCCAUUUUUUACUACUCGUCAAGAUUUAAAAAAUCUAACUCUUCCAGCUCUUCCUCGCCAUUUUGGAGCUUCAAGCUUGACUGAUCAGAUGGACAUCGUUUUGCUUUGUAUCAAAUUAUUUUGCUCGCUUAAAUUAGUUUAAAAUUUUGAUCGAUUUUAGAGACUGAUUAUUUUACGCCCGUUGACACUUUUUUGACCGUUCAUUACUCAGGCUGCAAUGCAAAUGUUAAUUCAAAAAUCAACUAUCAAUUCUCAUAUCUUUCAAGUUUCACCUAUUGUAUAGGAGUUAAAAUGAGGUUUUAUAGAAUUUUGAUUUCUUUCAUUUCUUUUUUAAAAAAUAAGUAUUUUUUUCUGCUGGUUCAUACAUAAUCUUCAUUUAACUUCAUUAAGCCCAAACCAUAAGUUACCAUCAGGGUGUCCAUUGAUUGGAAACUUAGGGGUAAGUCUAUGUAUAGAUAGAGAAUAGUCUUGGAUCGUUAAUCUUCAGUGAAGGCCUGGAUUGAUGAAAAUUUCGAAUUUUGUCUAUGUCAAGCAAGGCAACUAUCGAAGAAAUUAUGUGAUUCUUGCAACCGAAGGUGAAAGACGGUUUAUUUUAACCUAGUUAUAUCAUUAUUAUUGUAUAUCCAUUUGCAAACUUCCAUUAUCAGCCUAUGGCUUAAAAAAAAGUUUUUCAAUUAACUAUUUCGUGCAAUACCCAUUACUUCUACAAAGAAGGCUUUGAUAAUCUGUCCAAAUGCUUUAAACAUCUUUGCGCCCCUGUAUCAAUCAUGUUAGUUCUGAUAGGAAUGGUCUCAGUCGUGGACAGCACAAAUUCUUGAAUUUUGCAGCGAUUUAGAGUCAACUGUCUGUGUUAUUUUCUUUAUCCGUAGUUCAUUAUUUUCCUGA